AUGGUGAACUCCCCAAACUACGAAUUCGAAUCAAUCGAAGACUCCUCACAAUUCAAGAUCCUCAACGACCUCAUCAACACCGACACAACAGUCACCAAUGCACUGCACCAAUUCAUCACUCUAACAAUAACCGCCCACACAGCCCCUAAUAAAGAGAAUCAUUACACCCCCGGUGACGUUGACUAUGAUCUCUCCCUGGCCAUAAUGGCACUUGCCCAGCAAUUGGAGCCAACAAAGCAUACAAAGCUGGUUGAGUUCCUCUGCAGUCUUCACAAGGUGACAGCAACAGACCUAUCGACAGGCGAUCCACUUGGAGCAGCAAGUGGCGAUGUUCUCUGGAUGGAUAUGCCGUCUUUUGGGUACACGGAGUUGGAGACGUGGAUGGAGUUUGGGGGGGAUUAUACAGAUCCCUUCACUCCUGAUCUGAAAGAUGAGCAAAGGAAGCGCUGGGGAUUCAACAUCCACCCCCUGGACAGAUCUCACCGCGCAGUCUGGGCGUUCCUCUUUGCCCUGGAAAACGAUGACAUUCCCAUGCAGAUCCUCGCCAAGACAGCUGCCAUGGAGGCUGCAUGUAUGUGGUUUAUUUAUGCGGGGAAUCGGUUGUGGGAGAAUGUCCAGCGUGGUCGUACGUACAGUGAGGACUUUGGGUUGGGGCCGGGGGGUAUGUAUGAGCGGGAUAGAUGGGAGGUUUGGGGGGAGAGGUUGAGGGGUGCGAGGGCGGAUGGGGAUGGGCGGAUGAGGGGGUUGAUUGAGGAGGCUUUGGAGUGUAGGGAACGGGCGAUGACUGACCUUUCACCGAACUGA